AUGACUACACAAACUCCAAUCGAGAAGAAAGAGGCACCAAGACCUCACGUGUGUCCCGUAUGCCAGAGAGCAUUUCAUAGAUUGGAACAUCAAACCAGACACAUGAGAACACACACAGGAGAGAAACCUCAUGCAUGUGACUUCCCUGGUUGCACAAAGAAGUUCAGCAGAAGUGACGAGUUGACUAGACAUAAAAGAAUACAUACAAAUCCGCAACCUAGAGGUAAACGUGGUAGAAAGAAAAAGGUUGUUACCCCUGUGGUUGAGGCAGAUCCUGUAAGUUUUGAGACAGGGGGGUCGGAUUCGAUGGGGAUUACUAUGGGAGUGCCGAUGUCAAUGCCUAUGAUGGCUCCCAUUCCAAGAAAUACUUCUAGUAGUUCAUUACACUCAGUGAGUUCUUUUACAGCACUGAAUGGGUUACAGCCAUUACAACCACUGCAAUCACAACAACAACAAGGGUUGAUUAGUAAGCCUACAAUAGUGAGAAAUUCAUCAACACAUUCUCUAACGCAAAUGAAUAACAAUGCGGGAUCUGCGGGAGGGCUGCUCUCUAGUACCAGUAAUAAUGGAAGUAGGAUCCGUCUUAGUGCAUUAUCUUCUUUACAAAUGAUGACACCCUUGGGUACAGCAAAACCUCGUACACAUGGAUUCAUGGAUACACCAGAGACAACAGGUGCCGAACUAGCGAGACCUCAAUCUUUGACCGAUAUGACUAAUAUGAAUAGUGUACCAUUAACACCCUCUGCAUCCUUAUCAUCUGGUGUUCCUCUACCAAAAUUACAAACUCCUGUUCCUAGUGGUAGUGCAAGCAUAUUUCCAGGUGUUGUUAUGAAUAGACCAAGCUCUGCGUUGAGUCUCAAUGAAAUGUUGUCGAAGAAUACAAGCAGUUCAGAAUCUGAAAAUGAUGCGGAUGGAUCUGUGUUAGAGAUGAACAGACAUUCAGGACGUAGAAGACAUCAACGUCAACAAAAUUUGAACGUUGUGACUCCUACGACUAUGAGUAGAUCUGAUAGCAGUACAAAUUUAAAACAAACCAUGGUUUUAAAUGGCGUUACUCAACAAACAAUGAAUGGAUCUCAAAUGUCCCCUGCUUUUGCCGAUGAUUUAAGAUAUAAAUUGAAUUCUGUUCAUAAUUCUCAACAACCUACUACAAUUAAUAAUACAAGUUAUACAGAGUCCUCGAUAUUGAGUUCACCUCCAUCAUACGAAACAAGAAGUGAUUUCCCUACUCAUCAUGUAGGCCAAACAGUAACUAUAAACUCUUCACCAACUCCAAUAGUGUCUCCACAAUUGUUACCCCAACAACAGUUUGUAAGUACGCCAAAUGUUACUCAACUACCUUCGCAACAGAUGUAUGACCCCUCAGCAACCACCACUAGUGCUUUACAACAACAGCAACAAGACAGAACACAGAGUGGCUUACCACCAAUCAGAAGUUUACAACUUCAAUUUCCUACAGAUUAA